AUGUAUCAAACACAACAAAGCUAUAAUCCUUCUAUUGAAGAUUUAAUAAAAAAUCAUAAUCAUAAGUCUUCUCAAAUCAAUCCCAACACAUCAUCGGCAAAUUUGUAUAAAUUAGGGAACAACAAUGCCUACAAUAAUACCAACCCACAAUUACAUACACCGCCUCUAUCCUCAAAUCCAUCAUUCACAUCCUUCCAGAACUUUACUUAUCCUUUAUCUCCGUUAAGUAAACCAACUUCGCCUGAUCUAAUAGUUCCACCAAGAUCUUUAACAAAUUCUACUUAUUUCAGCUGGUUACCACCAAUUGAUAUCAAGAUAACUUCAUUCUGUUUACUUUGGUAUUUAUGCUCCAUUGUAUCGUCCAAUUCAACAAAAUUAAUUUUGAACAAUUUCAAGUAUCCAAUUACUUUGACACAGUUUCAAUUUUCAUUAUCUUCUAUAUUGUGUUUGACUUUAUUAACUAUCUUGAAGUUUAAUACCGAUUUGAUCCAAAAGUUACCUCAAGGCUUUGUUCCUCAUAAUUUGCAUUUGAAUAACUUCUUAACUCCUACUAAGUUGAUAAUCAGCACCACUUUACCAAUGGGAAUGUUCCAAUUCAUUGGUCAUAUUACAAGUCACAAAGCUACUAGUUUGAUUCCAGUUUCAAUUGUCCAUACGGUAAAAUCGAUGAGUCCAAUUGCAACUGUUCUGAUUUACACUAUUUUGUUCAAGAAAACUUACAAACCCGUCACUUAUAUAACAUUACUUCCUUUAUGUUGUGGUAUUAUGUUGACUUGCUACAAGAAAAACAAUAACGCACCAAACAACUAUUUCACUGGUUUGAUAUUUGCAUUUGUUUCCAUGAUCAUCUUUGUCAGUCAAAACAUAUUUGCCAAAAAGAGAUUAACUAUUGAAACCGAAUCUAUCCCAAUGACAAACAAAAUUAACAAAGACAAACUUGAUAAGUUGACUAUUUUAUUCUACUGCUCAAGUAUUGGAUUUUUAUUAACUUCUCCAAUUUAUUUAAUGAGUGAGUAUAUGAAUUUCAAAAAUUUGGGUGUUUCACUCUUUCAACUUGAUAGUAGUAUUUUGAGCUUGGUUCUACUCAAUGGAUUCAGUCAUUUUGUUCAAUCUUUAUUAGCUUUCCAAAUUUUGGGUAUGGUUAGUCCGAUCAACUAUUCAAUUGCCAGUAUUUUAAAGAGAAUAUUUAUUAUUUUGAUUUCAUUCAUUUGGGAACUGAAACAGUUUUCCAAUAGUCAAUCAUUUGGUUUGAUAAUCACAUUAUUUGGCUUGUAUUGUUAUGAUAGAUGGGGAUCUACUAAAUAA